AUGGGUUCUGAAUAUUUUGAAACAAAUUCCCUAGACUUUACCGAAUUUUGGGCCAACACAGGCGUGAAAAGCGAAGUCCUUCGCGGCGCAAAGCUACGGGAGGAGAAACCCAACUGUAGUAAAAAUCAACAACAGUUUACACCAGUUAAUAUCAAUAUAAACGGCUCUGUAAAGAAGAUGAAUAAAUAUAGGCAUGGCAAACGUAAACGAGGUACAAAUACAAAGAAGUAUAGCAGAUGUCCAAUGAGAAUAGCAGAACUAGCUGUUCCGACUAAGCGUCAAUGUCUUGAUACCUGGAGAAAUAGAGGGAAGACUCUCCCUAACUUCAUGGUAGAAAGGUUGCGACAACACGUUAUGGAUGAAAGAGCCGUGGUCCAUAUUAAUGAUGCAAUUUAUUGCUUUAAAUCUCACAAAGCCAAACGAUCUAGACCAAAUAAAUUAAAGUCUAUAAAGAAAGGAAACAUCGAUAGAACAAAAUUAUUCUGCGCUAUUUUUGGACACAGAAUUGUAUUGAAGUUAUUGCCACCUGGACGAAUACCAGUACAUACGAGUUUAAGGAAUCUAACUGAAAUCGUAAACAAUGACAUUGAACAGCUUCUUGGAAAAAGGAAAAGAAAUACCAUUCAUAAAACAAUACGAGACGAAAUAUCAGAAAAGGUGACUGUUUGGAUUGCGAGUGUUCUUGACGACUCGGAUAUUAAGUUAAUGAUGGAUGACUUAGAAGGCAAUUAA